AUGGACAUCGACGAACGGCCGCACAAGAAGCGUCGGUUCUUUGCUGAAGAUGCCGUACAAAACGAACCUUCCCUCAAAUCCGAACCCAGCCUUCCCGACGAAAUCGACGGUGUGCCAGAGUCUGCGACACCCGCCGGUGGCUUGGACAGCACUGCCAACAAGGAGAAUGUUUUUGAUGCUGAAACUUUUAUAAGUGUCGUCGGUGCAGAGGUGCCGGAAGACGCCAUUCGGAGUCUGCAAAGAGCACAUGGGAACAACUUGGAGCAGGCAAUCAACGCGUACUUCGAUGGCUCGUGGAAGGCCAAAGUCGCAUCUCCUGUAAAGAAACAAAGUCCUCCGGUUGAUAAAAAGCAACAACGACUAGAUCUCAAGUCUGAGGAUGGAGAGGAAGCCGCGAUGUCAAAGUCGGCAGGUUCAACCCAGAAACAGCGCCCGAACCUCCAAUCAAUGCCUGAGACGAGGUACAUCGGUGCUUUGGGCGUGGCAGGCUGGACUACGAGAAGUGGUACUGGCAUCUUGAAACCCGGUGACAUUGUCAACAUCCAGCGAGAGAGGCAAAAGGCACCACAAUCAUCAUCCAAAAGCGGCAGAGGCAGAUUACCUAUGAGGAAGACGCAGGACGUGAUCGUGCGGUUCACUAGCAAAGAUGGCGCAGAGUUGGGCCGCCUUGAGAAAGAGUCUGCAUUGUGGAUUGGCGCUUUGAUAGACCAAAAUGUGGCCCAUUUUGAAGGACACUGCAUUUAUGCUCCGGACAGGAUACGAACCAACGAAACCAUCUACCUUCAGCUCCGCUGUUUCCUUUUACGUCCCAUAUUUGAGGCCGGCAAUCUUAUGAGACCGCAAGACAACAACAGACAGACAGGGUUCUUUGAGGCCAAAGAGACGACGGAGGAGAGAGAUCUUCGGCUUCGCCAGAUAGGACUGGUAAAGCUGUUUCAAGAGAUCAACCUCCAGCCGUCUACAUUGAAUGAACUCACCGCGAAGCACAAGAGAGAGGGUAUCCUGCAGGCGGCAGAGGUCGCUGAACAGAUGGACCAACAAGACGAAACGAAUCGCAAACCCAGCCAGGACAAGACGAAUGAAGGCUCCAGCCCGCCUUCAGAGGAGAAUGAAGAAGGAGAAGAGCUGGAGCAAGACCAACUUGAUUCAUUGUACAAAAAGGCUCAAUCAUUCGACUUCAACACACCCGAGGCACAGCCACCAUCGUCUUUUGUAAUGGAUCUCCGAAAGUAUCAAAAACAGGCUCUACAUUGGAUGCUCAACAAGGAGACCCGUGAGAAGGACGGGCACAAGCAGCAGAGUAUGCAUCCGUUGUGGGAAGAGUAUAGCUGGCCAAAGAAGGACGCCGAGGACCAUGACCUUCCCAGCGUCGAAGGACAAGACUGCUUCUACGUGAACCCAUACAGCGGCGAGUUGAGCCUGGACUUCCCCGUGCAAGAACAGACUUGUCUGGGAGGUCUGCUUGCUGAUGAGAUGGGUCUUGGGAAAACAAUAGAAAUGCUUUCUCUGAUCCAUUCGCAUCGGUCACCAGAACACGAAAGCGUUUUGAACGACACUGGCGCAGAAGCUGAUGCUGUUAGUAGCCUUGCUCGACAACCUCUCACUUCCGGCAAAGUCAAGCAAGCACCCGCAACGACGCUUGUUGUUGCACCAAUGUCACUUUUGGCGCAAUGGGCAAGCGAAGCCGAAAAGGCAUCGAAACCUGGUACGCUGAAAGUGCUGGUCUACUAUGGCAAUGAGAAGGGAGUCAACUUGCAGACGAUCUGUUGCGGCUCUAACAUAGCAUCGGCGCCGAAUGUGAUCAUUACCAGUUACGGUGUCGUUCUCUCUGAGUUCAACUCUGUAGCGAGUGCCCUGGGUGGCAAUCGUGCUUCCUCGGGAGGUCUCUUUGGAGUCGAAUACUGGCGGAUCAUCCUUGACGAAGCGCAUAUGAUCAAGAAUCGGCAAUCGAAGACCGCAAAAGCAUGCUAUGAACUUGCUGCAACGCACCGCUGGGUGUUGACGGGUACGCCCAUUGUCAACAGACUUGAGGAUCUCUUCAGUCUGGUGCGAUUCCUCAGAGUUGAGCCAUGGAACAACUUCAGCUUCUGGAAAACAUUCAUCACGACGCCGUUCGAAAAGGGAGACUUCGUGCGUGCACUGGACGUGGUGCAAACUGUGCUCGAGCCUCUGGUCAUGCGUCGGACAAAAGACAUGAAGACCCCUGACGGCGAAGCCCUGGUACCAUUGCCGCCGAAGACUAUCAGCGUCGAGAAAAUCAAAUUAUCCGAGCCGGAACAAGACGUCUAUCAGCAUAUCUACCUGCGAGCGAAGAAAACUUUCAAUGCCAAUAUGGAAGCUGGAACGGUGAUGAAGAGCUACACUACCAUCUUUGCUCAGAUCUUGCGCCUCAGACAGAGCUGCUGUCAUCCGAUCCUGACUAGGAACAAGAACAUUGUCGCCGAGGAAGAAGACGCCGCUGCUGCUGCAGAUAUUGCAGCAGGUCUUGCCGAUGACAUGGACCUUGGAGCACUCAUUGAACGAUUCGAAGCUGACGAAGGCGAGCAGGAUGCGAGCAAGUAUGGAUCUCAUGUACUCAAACAGAUCCAAGACGAGUCUGAGAUGGAAUGUCCGAUUUGCAGCGAAGAGCCCAUGGAAGAGCAAGCAGUCACUGGUUGCUGGCACUCUGCCUGCAAGAAGUGUCUGCUCGACUACAUUGAGCAUCAGACAUCCAAGGGCGAGCUUCCUAGAUGCUUCAACUGCCGUGAGCCCAUCAGCGCACGAGAUGUCUUUGAAGUCAUCAAGCACGACGAUGACGAGCCUGACGAGAGCGACUUUCUCAACGCGGCAGUUGACCACGACGAAGACGACCUAUACUCCAGCACACAGACCAGAACACUAAAGCCAAAGGCGAGGAUCUCUCUACGCAGGGUCAAUCAGUUGUCGUCGGCCAAGAUCAACACUUUGAUGUCGCAGCUGAAGCGUCUGCGCAAGUCGGAGCCAGCUCUCAAGGCCGUCGUCUUCAGCCAGUUCACCUCCUUCCUGGACCUUCUCGCGCCAGCACUCGAAGGCGCCGGCAUCUCGUGGCUUCGCUUCGACGGCAGCAUGUCUCAAAAGGAUCGAGCGAAGGUUCUUAGUGAAUUUGCAAAUCGCAGCAAGUUCACAAUCCUGCUUCUCUCCUUGAGAGCAGGAGGCGUCGGUCUGAACCUAACUUGCGCGAAGCGAGUCUUCAUGAUGGAUCCAUGGUGGAGCUUUGCCGUGGAAGCCCAAGCGAUCGAUCGUGUGCAUCGAAUGGGUCAGGCUGAAGAGGUCACCGUCACGAGAUUCAUUGUUGAGGGAAGCAUUGAGGAGAAGAUGUUGAAGGUGCAGGAGAGGAAGAAGUUCAUUGCAAGCUCCCUUGGCAUGAUGAGUGACGAAGAGAAGAAGAUGCAACGUCUUGAGGAUAUUAAGGAGUUGCUGAGUUAG